GGAAAUGAUCCAAGUGACGUCAAAACAUGAUCACAAUAUAAAAUAUAUAUUCUCUCUUAAAAAAAUUAAAUAACUAAUUUAUUAAUUAUUUGUUAAUUCUUCCUUAAUUGACAUUCAGGAAACUAUAUUUUUUUAUAUUAAAUGUGUUAGUUAUUUUGUACAUAGUUCUUGUAUAAAAAUGGAUCAUGAAGAUGAAUUUUUAAAUACAUUUUUUACCUCAGUGACACAGCUGUGUUUUGAUAAAGCCAAAGAAGCUGUGGAAAAAGAACGUGAGUCAUGUAGGCUAACACAAAUGGGUCCUUGGGGAAUGUUGUUGAUGCAUCUUCCUCAAGUUGUUGUUGCUGAACGUUCAUAUGCUGAUUUAGGUUUUCUUCAUACAAAAAACAAAGGCUUUCUUCGAAAAGAUAACUCUUUAAAAACUAUAUAUGAAACAUUAAAAAGUGAUUUAAGAAGAGUCGAAGAAAUGACAAGAGGAACAAAUACAAUUGGUGCAACAGUAGCUGAAGUAUCAAAUCAACUUUGUCAAUUAAUUACAGCACGAAUUCAACUUAUUGAAUUUUAUGAAAAAAUGUACAACAUGAGUACUACCAAUAAAGCUAUGAAAUAUCAAGAAUUAUUAAAUUCAAUUGAAGGAAUUGUUGAAGUACAUGCAUUGUCUUGUUCACAUAUUGGAUUAACACCAAUAAAAGCUGCAUUAACAUUAGAAUUAGAAAUAUUAGUACAAUUAACAAAAGCACAAGUUGAAGUACAAAAUUGGAAAUUUUUAUCAGCAUUAAUGGCACUUUAUGGUGCACAAACGAGAAUGUCUGCUUGGGAAAGAACAUUACAAAAUAAAGAAUCAUGGAAACUUGGUUUUGGUGCUGGUUUUUUAAAAGCAAAUCAAUUACCAGCUUUGUAUCAAUGGCUUGUUAAAUUACGUUGUGCAAUAUUAGCUAAAUCAUCACUCUAUUUUCAUACAACACUCAGUCAACAAGCAAGUCCUGGCGAAAUGAGAAAUCUAAUGAGUAAACAAAAUAUUGAUUAUUAUCACAAAAUUCAAACAUUUCAAAGAAAAUGGGAUAUAUUUGCUAUUUUUAUUGUAUUUGAUGCUAGAGGUGCUGAUGAUUUUGGACAUGGAUAUAGACAUCCUGAUAGAGAAGUUGAUACACAUGAAGAAUUUCCAAUUGUUGUUGGUUGUCCAAGUCUCUUAAUACAAAAACCAUCACCUUAUUGGACAAUUGUCAGACAAAGUAUCAAAGAACGAUAUUCUGAAUUAGCUACUAUGGAUAAAAUAUUACAUAAUAAAAAUGCUAAAAAUUCAUUUACAUUUGCAAUGUCAAAUAUGGAUCCAAAAAUGACACUUGUUACUGCAUAUGAAAGUGGCAAGCCAAAAGAUUCACAAGUUGUUACAUUUAUGAAUGAUUUGUGUACACAAUUAAAAUGCAACAAAAUUUAUGAAAAUUUAAAAUUAUCAAAGUAAAAUUUUAUCAUUAUAAUAUUUUUCUACUUGAAUUUAUAAUUGUUUUUUUUUUUUUUUUUCAUUAUAUCAAUUUAUUUUUGUACCUGUUAUUACAAUAAUAAUUUUUUUAGAUGUUUAUAUAAAAGAAUUUUUUUUUGUUAUAAAAAAAAAAAAAAAAAAAACGAUGUUAAUUUAGUUUUUUAAGAAUAAAUAAAAUUUAUAUUUUAUAAAUUAAUGCCACAC